AUGCGCAUCAAACCCAAGUCAGUAGCCGCUGCGGCCGAAUCGUUGGACGCGGCCGACACUUCGUCUGCUUCAGGCGGCGGUGGAUCGGCCGCGGCCGCACCGGCGGAAUCGUGGACGCCCGAGAAAAAAGACGCGCCCACCCAACAACAGCAGCAGACGUCUACCACGACGACCACCACGUCGGCCACGACCACCGCCGGCACGUCCAUUGUGGCCGCCGUGGCCAUAGCGAUGGCGAACUCAGCCGCUGCUGUUCAACAGGUCCGGCCGCUUCGAGAGCUGCUCGGCUGUAAGGACAAGUCCAACCGCCGGCGGAUCGCGCAGCGCGGCGAUUAUUGGGUGCUGUACAACUACGUGCCGGCCCGCCGUUGGUUCCGGUGCGACGAGUCCAUCACGUACACUACGCACGCCGACUUCACGUUCCUCGACAACCUGGAACCACUGUUGGAGAGGUGGCGAGGCCCCAUAUCGGUGGCUCUGUACACGCCGGGCAACGACUUCGUGCCCACGCUGGCCUCGAUCCGGUACUUGCGGCAGUGCGGUUCGCCGCUGGUGGCCGAGUACGUCACGUUCCACAUGUACUUCGGGUCGGGGCACGUGCCCAAGUCGGUGCCGCACACGGACCAUGACAUCGACGCGCCGGUGGCCAACUGCUCGGCGCCGCCGCCGUGGACGAACGCGUCGGCCGCUUACAAGGUGCAGAAGAAGCUGCUGUACCCGGUGAACGUGGGCCGGAACGUGGCCCGCGAGUCGGCCACCACGCACUACGUGCUGCCGUCCGACAUCGAGCUGUACCCCAGCCCAGGUGUCAUCGAGGGGUUCAUGGACCUGGUCCGGAGACAAGACCCUCCCCUCCGGCGCCCGAAGCCAAUGGUGUUCCCGUUACCGAUAUUCGAGCUGGCGUCCCACAUGAAAUUGCCAGCCGACAAGAAGGAACUGGUGUCGAUGCUUAAAAACGGUUCGGCUAUCACUUUUCACAAAAAAGUGUGUCCCGACUGUCACACGGUGCCCAAGUUCAAGGAAUGGGCCAGCGCCAAGCCCAAACCUGGUGUCAGCGUGUUCCACACGGGAAAGCGGACCGGAUAUCAUCUGCACUGGGAGCCGAUAUUCAUCGGAACACACAACGAUCCGUUGUACGACGAGAGACUGAGCUGGGAGGGUAAAAUGGACAAAAUGACUCAGGGUUACACGCUGUGCGUGCUCGACUACGAGUUCCACAUACUGGACAACGCUUUCCUGACGCACAAGCCGGGCAUCAAGACGCUGAAAAAAGACCCUGCCCGACAGGUGCUGGCGUCCAAGACGUACAGUCUCAUCAAGAAAGUCAUACUCCCCGAGCUCAAGGUCCUGGACGCACCGUCGCGCCGAGGACACUCGUGCGCGUUAGGGACCACAGAUAGACUCAUCGACUGA